CAUCUUGAGACCGAAGAAAGCACGGUGGUGGAAGAACUGCCAGACAUCUUCUAUAAAAUAUAAAAUCUGUUUUAACAGAUAAUUUCGGUGUGUGUUGUAACGCCUCAGCAUGGCUGUGGUCAUCCGCUUGCAGGGUCUCCCCAUUGUGGCAGGGACCAUGGACAUUCGCCAUUUCUUCUCUGGAUUGACCAUCCCGGAUGGUGGGGUGCAUAUUGUAGGGGGUGAACAUGGUGAAGCAUUUAUCGUUUUCGCCACAGACGAAGAUGCCAGGCUUGGUAUGAUGCGAACAGGGGGGUCCAUCAAAGGUUCAAAGGUAUCACUGUUACUAAGUAGCAAGACAGAAAUGCAGAACAUGAUUGAGCUUAGCCGCAGGCGGUUUGAAGCUGGCAGUGUAGAGGGAGCAGCAGGAAACGGUAACAGACCAGGCCCCCCUGCCACCUCUGGUGGAAGUGGUAGAGGUAGCAUGCCCACUACUGCUCAAGGUUUCAGUAAUACAUCAGCGACUGCCACCACAGCUACUUCUGCACAUGAGCCAAUUAGCAACAAAAACAUUUCCACCUUUGCCACCACUAGCAUGGGUAACAUGCCCAGUUUCAACAAUAACUUCAGUAGCAGCAGCAUCACGAUGGGUUCAACCAUGACAACUGCCAUGUCCUCCCUAAACUCUGUACCACCACCCAUACCACCCUUGCCCAGCAUGCAGUCCAUACCACCCAUGCCUUCUAUGCCACCCUUGCCAGGUCCACCGCCUGUAUCAUCCCAUCCCUCCGUGCCAACAGUUUCCCCUUUGACUGCAGUGCCACCUGUACCUCCAAUGUCUCACAUGCCUCACCUGUCUGCAAUGCCUCCUUUUAACCCCGGUGUCCCUCCCCCAGUCGGACCUGGUCUCGCUACAUCCGGACCGCAUUUGUCUCUGGGAAGCCCUAAUCACAUGUUCCUCAACCCAAUGAACCUUAACCCCCUUAAUCUGCAGGCUCACUUGAAGCCAUCGAUUACCAACCCUGAUGAUUUUUACGUCCACCUGCAAGGCCUUCCCUUUAAUGCAAACGAGUUAGAAGUCAGAGAAUUCUUCCAUGGAUUGGCUGUCGAAAACGUUCGUCUUAUUAGAGAUAACAUGGGCAGGAGCAGCGGUCGAGCACUAGUUAAAUUCUUUGCACCCCAGGAUGCUUUUGAGGCAAUAAAAAGAGGUGCAGCAAUGCUAGGUCAAAGAUAUGUGGAGAUAACCCCAGCAUCUGAGAGGCAGUGGCGAGAGUGUGGCAGUGGAAUCCUUGGCCAAAACCAAUCCAAACCUGGUCAUAAUGCAGACCAGGACCGCCAUCGACGUGGAAGUUCGAGUUCUGCAUCUCCUUCAGGACGUGAACGUGCGAGGUCCAGGUCUCCACAUAAGCAAGAAUUUUGUGUGUAUCUGAAAGGGCUUCCAUACGAAGCUGAAAACAAACAGAUAUUUGAAUUUUUCAAAAACCUGGACAUUGUUGAAGAUAGCAUUUACAUUGCUUAUGGACCUAACGGGAGAGCAACAGGGGAGGGUUUUGUAGAGUUCAGAAAUGAGAUGGACUACAAAGCUGCCCUUGGGUGCCAUAUGCAGUACAUGGGUAGUCGGUUCAUACAGGUCCAUCCCAUCACUAAGAAGGCUAUGUUUGAAAAGAUUGAUGCCAUUCGCAAAAGGAUGCAGGGUUCCCAAGGUGAUCAGAAAGGUAGUUCUACAGAAGGAGGAAAAAACCCAAGAAAUUGUGCCCACAUCUCAAAUAUCCCAUACAAUGUGUCCAAGAAGGAUGUGCGUCUCUUCUUGAAUGGAAUCCAGUUGUUUGAGGAUACCUUAAAAGUUCUAGUUGACAGUAACGGCAAUGGCCUUGGCCAAGCAAUAGUGCAGUUUAAGUCUGAAGAAGAAGCACUUAAAGCAGAAAGAUUACAUAGACAAAAGCUUAAUGGCAGAGAUGCCUUUGUUCAUUUGGUCACAUUUGACCAAAUGAAGGAAAUAGAAAGAAACCCACCGCCUCAGUCCAGGAGAGGGCAGAAAUCUCAAGGUAAUGUCCAUGCGCAAGUGCAGGCUCAGGCCCAGGCUCAAGUCCAAGCCCAAGUGCAGGCCCAGGCGCAUGCUUAUCCCGCCAUGAGUGGAGAGGAGUUCAACUUCCUCAGAAACAGUGUAGGAAGCCUAAGUAACGGUCCUCCUUUUGUAACUCCUUUCACUGCCCCAGGCAAUGGUCUUGCUGGCCCCCCUCCCUUGCCACCUCUUGGCGCCACUUUGGGAGAUGUCACGCUUGGUGUGCCGCCACCUUUGGUCGGUGCUCACUUGCCCGGUCCAGUUCUUGAGCCACCAGGGUUCCGACCAGGAGGUAGCAAUGGACCUCCUGGUUUUGUGGGAGGCCCGGAGAGUCUGAGAGGCCUUCCGCCUUUCGAUAAUGGGUCUAGGAAGGGAGGCAACCACAACAGAGGAGGUGGACAAGGCCCCACUGGGGGACCUCAACCUUCCUUUGGGUCCGCCUCGGACAAUCUGAGGGGGCCGUCUGGGGGCAGUGGCCCCAGUAACCCUCGGCCUACCAUUGUCAAGAUUCAAAAUAUGCCCUUCACAGUUACCGUAGAUGAGAUACUUGAUUUUUUCUAUGGUUAUCAAGUGCUGCCGGGUUCCGUAUGCCUUCAGUUCAGUGAAAAAGGCCUGCCAACUGGCGAGGCGAUGGUUGCAUUUGAGUCCCAUGACGAGGCUAUGUCUGCAGUCAUGGAUUUGAAUGAGAGGCCUAUUGGAGCAAGGAAAGUAAAGUUAACUUUGGGAUAGACUAUGAUUUUGGGAAUUUGGCAUCUUCAAUUAAUGACAUUUGUUUUACUGCAUUGGAAGGGAAGUUUUUUUCCUACGUAACACUGAACAACAUCUUAGUUCCUUACCAAAGUAUAUGAACUUGUCAUGUAGACUAGGAAACAAAUGAAAUAUCUAAGUUUAGCAAGAUGAACUGACACAUCGCGACAUGAACAUUUUUAUGAUGGCAACAAGCAUUGGAUGACUGAUUACUCUUCAAUCAUGUGAAGUGCAAGUGUUCUGGGGCUAGAACUUUGCUGGGGAUGAGGCUGAUAUUUUGCAAGUGUAAAAUGCUGUGCUGUGUUUUUUAUUGGCAAUUAUGCUGUAUCACUUUUCUGAUGUCUUCACUGUUGUAUUUUUGUGAUUGGUUUAUUGCAAAAUUGGUGUACAUCAAAUGCUGCCAUGAUUUGCGUGUGCACAGAGCUCACAUUGGGUUACGCAUUGCUCUAUUUGGUUCAUGUUUCUCUACAAUCAACUAACGCAAGUGUGUGCUGCAGUGUUUGCUUUUGUGGGAUUGCGUGCUAAUGUCCGAGGACUCAAAAGAAAUGCUGUCUCUAUGAAUGCACCAACUUUCUUUUCCUGUCCCUGCAAGAGUUCUGAUAUGGCAAUGUGAUGCGUUGUGUAUAUGAUGGCUUUUUUCCUUAUGGCGAUAUGUUUUCUUUCAAGUCCGCUGUUUUCUGCUACGAUGUAGACUAUAGUUGGAAUGUCAUUUUUUUUAGUGCUCUCGAACCCAGUUUAAUUGUUUGAUUCCUUUUUAUUUUUUGACUUUUUAGUUCCAGCUUUGUGUUGCAGUUGUGUACAUACUGUUCAGUCUACUUAUUUUGUCAAUAAAAUGACAUUCCUGAAAUGAUGCAUCUGAA